CCGGGAGCGGUGAAAGAUGGCGGAGGGCGGCGGCGGAGAAGCGGGCGAGGAGGCGCCGAGGGCGGCGGGGCCGCGGCCCCCAAGCGCGCGGGACUUGCAGUUGGCCUUGGCAGAAUUAUAUGAAGAUGAAGUGAAAUGCAAAGCUUCCAAAUCUGAUAGACCUAAAGCUACAGCCUUUAAAAGCCCACAGACAGCACCUCAAAGGUUCUAUUCACGUGAGCAUGAAUGCAGUGGAUUACAUAUAGUUCAGCCUUCAACUGGAAAAAUUGUGAAUGAACUUUUCAGAGAGGCGAGGGAACACGGGGCCGUUCCUCUGAAUGAAGCCACAAGAGCCUCGGGUGAUGACAAAUCUAAGUCUUUUACAGGUGGCGGAUACAGAUUGGGUAAUUCCUUUUGUAAGCAGUCUGAAUACAUCUAUGGAGAAAAUCAGUUGCAAGAUGUUCAAAUUUUGCUUAAACUGUGGAGCAAUGGUUUCAGCUUGGAUGAUGGAGAGUUGAGACCUUACAGUGACCCAACAAAUGCCCAGUUUCUGGAGUCUGUUAAGAGAGGAGAAAUUCCCCUGGAGCUUCAGCGACUGGUUCAUGGAGGACACUUGAAUUUGGACAUGGAGGACCAUCAGGAUCAAGAAUACGUAAAGCCUAGGUUGAGGUUCAAGGCUUUUAGUGGAGAAGGACAGAAACUUGGAAGCCUCACACCUGAAAUAGUCAGUACACCUUCCUCCCCAGAAGAGGAGGAGAAGUCACUAUUCAAUGCAGUGGUUCUUAUUGACGAUUCCAUGCCAACCACCAAAAUCCAGGUCCGGUUAGCAGACGGGAGCCGUUUGAUACAGAGGUUCAACAGUACACACAGGAUCCUGGAUGUCCGGGACUUUAUCGUGCAGUCUCGUCCUGAAUUUGCAACUCUUGACUUUAUUCUCGUGACUUCGUUUCCAAACAAAGUGCUAACAGAUGAAAGCCUGACACUACAAGAAGCAGAUAUUCUUAACACUGUGAUACUGCAGCAGCUAAAAUGAUACUGUCCUACCUAUGUAGUAGCAUGUAGGAGUGGUAAUGUGCCAUAUUAGUGAGGAAAAUACUUAAGAGCGUAAAAAAUUAUUUUUUUUAUUUAUACAGGUAAAUUUUGACUUAAUUCUUCAAUCUUCCAGCUUUAGGACAGACAAAUUUGGACUAGGAAUAGAUCUUAAGGUAACAUAUGUUUGAAGUUUUAGCCAAAAGGGCUGGCUUCCAUUGAUAGCUUUUAAAUAUUCAGGCAAACCAAUUUGAUACAUGCUCAGAGUUAAUGUAACAGCACUUGUUUGCACAGAAAAUGAACAAAAUGCCAUUUUUGACAAAUUAAUUUGGUAAAAUUUGCACUAAAGUUUCUUGAUGCUGCGUUGAUCAGCAGCCAUUAAGAAAUCUGAUCAAACACUUUGAAAUAUUUUCUGUAAUAUAUACUGGAAAGUGUGUGUAUAUUCUGAUAUUUAAAUACUUGGGUCAUAUAGUAGUUAUUUCUCCUAGUAAGAUAAAUAAUUCCUUUCUACUUUCUGACUUAGCUAUUUUACUCAUGUCAGAAAGUACAGUUUCGCCUUGUGUUUUAUGACCAUCAUAAACCAGAAACAGACAUAAAGGUCAGCAGUUCUUGAGGAGGAGUAUGUUCAACUGCACUUGAAAGGAGAGUAACUACAGUCCCUGGCAGCGCCUGUCUUGAUCACCCCCUUUUAUUCAUUCAGCAAGUGUUUCUGGGGGACCCACCAUGUAUACUAAACACUGUUGUAAGUGUUCAACCCAGAGUGUAUUGUACUGCAAGACCAAACGAGGGCAGAAACAGAAGAAUGAUUUCCAUCAAAGAACGGAAGAGUCACCAGCGUCAAUGUCUGCGUUUCUGCUGGAGCCAAAUGUUUGCUGAGUGAGGGAGGAUGCAGCAGGAGUGAGAGAAGAGCUUAUUCUUCCCAACACCAUUUCAUCUCUGGUCACCUCUCCUGGCUUGUCUUUUAUUGCUGCUGUAACAAAUCACUACAGAUAUAGUGGCUUACAAUAGCCCAGGUUUCUUGUAUUUCUCUGGGUCUCAACAUGGGCCUCACUGGGCUACAGUCAGGUAUCAGCAGGGCACCGUUCCUCUUGGGAGGGUCUCGGGGAGAUGUGUGUCCUUGCUUUACCAGCUUCAAGCGGCCACCUGCAUGCCUGGGCCUGUGGCCCCCUCUCUUCGUCUCCAAAACCAGCAACACUGUAUCCCUCUGACUCCUCUGUCAUCACAUCUCUUUGAAAACAGCUGGGAAAGAUUCUCUGUUUGUUGUGUUUAUCAGGUGAUCCUGGAUGCUCUCCCCAUGUAAGGUCUCCAUAGUAACUGGAUCCUUGAGGUCCCUUUGAUCGUGAAAGGUGAUGGAUCACAGGUUCCCUCCAGUGCACCAGUGCUCAUCUCUUGCCUCUUCAGCUGGCAUCCAUCCCUUCACUGUGGCCAAGCCCCUCAUCUUGGCUUCUGUCCUUACGGCUUUUGCCUCCAGCUUUGAUUCUCCUUUCUUCUAAGGGCCCUGGCGAUUACAUUUGCUUUACCUGGGUACUCUAGGAUAAUCUCGCCUCAAAUGUGUGACUUAACCCCAUCUGCAGAAUGUCUUCUACCAUAUCGGCUGACAAAUUAAUUGGCUUGCGGAUUAGAACAUGAACAUUUUGGGAGGCCGUUCUGUCUACUGCAAUCCACUUCUGUCCCAAAGAUCCACAUUCCACCCUGAAAGGUGCUCAAGAGCUUCAACCCACUGCAGCACUAGCUUAAAAGUGCAGUUUUACCUGGAUCUCAUGAACUCAGAUGUCCCGAAUCUCAUUUAAAUCAUGUAAACCAAGUGUGAGUGAACAUCUGGUAUGAGUGAUUCCUGGGACACAAUUUCUCUGCAUCUGUGAACCUAGAAAACCAGUUAUAUAAUGGCAACAGGCAUAGAAUAACCGUUCUAGACAUUCCUGUUUAAAAAAAAAGAAAAUGGGGUGGAAGCAGGAGCAGCUGCCAGUGCCAAGCACUUCAUAAGCUCAGCCAGCCACACUCGGCUUGAAGGCCUGGAAACAACCUUCUGUGACACAGCAGCCUUUCUAGGUGUGUGACUUUCUCUCAGAGACCUCUCCCCGCUCCCCCCCCUUUUUCAUGAAAGGUGGUGGGUAUUUGCAGCCAAGUAAUUCUAUCAGCUUGUAAUGUCUGUGUAAUUGUAGGAGGCUGAGCCAUGUUUUUUUGUUUCAUGUUGUCUCUGUCCUCUUUAAGAAAGCAGUGUCUGCUGAUGUAACAUUCUCGAGACGUGUGGAUCGUCUGUGUAUGGUACAGAGAUUCACUCCAUUAGACCACAGGCUCCUUCCAGAGCUUUCCUAGGUAAUCCAGCUGUUUCUGGCUGGCUGUGACCUUCUCUUUCUUUCUCAGGUAUAAGCAGAAGGUCAUAGGCCGCAGGCUCAUCUCUUUCCCUAGAGCAGGCCUCAGCUCAGUUCAGUCGCUCAGUUGUGUCCUACUCUUUGUGACCCCCUGAAUCGCAGCACGCCAGGCCUCCCUGUCAUCACCAACUCCCGGAGUUCACUCAAACUCAUGUCCAUCAAGUUGGUGAUGCCAUCCAGCCAUCUCAUCCCCUGUUGUCCCCUUCUCCUCCUGCCCCCAAUCCCUCCCAGCAUUAGAGUCUUUUCCAAUGAGUCAACUCUUCGCAUGAGGUGGCCAGAGUAUUGGAGUUUCAGCUUCAGCUACCUAAAAGUAAAUCUUUGCAUUUUAAUGUCUUUGCCAUAAGCUAAGGAUUUCCAGGUCAAGUCCUGUUUCCCUUUUUUUUUUUUUAACAGUCCUUCCCUCAACUUAAUCUAUUUUUUCUCACAUUAGACUAUAAUCAGCAAGAAGAAAGCAGGCUGCCCCUUGCCACACCACUCAGAAAUCUCUUCAGCUGAGAGUCUUGAGAUUCUCUCAUGCCCCUUUCUUUCCACACAGCUGCAGUCACAAUGCUAAGCUUCCUGCCACUGAUUCACUGGAAUCUCUCUUCCUUCAUUUUCCUGCGGCACAGGCCUCAUUUCCUCCCGAACUUUUUAAAAGAUCCUUUUUUCCAGUAACCCUGUCCGCACAGCCACAUAGCUGUUCUCUGCCACGUGCUUUGGCUCUCUGCCACGCUCCUUUGAGUUCUUCCACCCUCUUCCCACUGCCCAGGUCCAAGGCCACUCCUGCAUUUCUGUGUCCUUGUUAACGGCAGCACCCACUUGGUCUCUGGAAAACUCCACUCUGCAGGUUGACCUGCAUGUGCCAGUAGGAGCUUUGGAUGUCACGUUUCACUGGGGGCUUCACUUCAAGGAGCUGAGUUUGCCUAUGUGAGGCAGACAGUGGGAGGGCUCCCAGACCUGCCCACCUGCCAGUGUUGGCCUCACCACUGCAGAGAAAACUUGUGCUCAGUGUCAUAAAAGAAGCAGCGUAUUCCUAAGACUUCUCAGAAUAGGAAGCUCAGUUCCUUCCCGCUGGUUGGAAACAACGUGGAGAAUGCAGACGUGACGGUUCAGUCAGUCUCUGCAGGGAAGGGUUACCGGGUGUAAGCUACGCUUCCAAGGAGCAGAGUCAUAGCCAUAUGGAAAUAAUAAUCUGCAACAGGUGAACAUUUUAAAUAAGGGCAUUGCCCUGUUUUUGAUUAACAAAACGGAGAAAACCUGUAAAAUUAUUUGAAGUUUUAUUCUUGUAGUUUCUUUUAAUCAGGUGGAGUGCCUGUAGGUGCACAUACAUGAAUGACUGCCGUUCUUGUAUAUAAUAGUUUUCCAAAAUAGAUUCUCGUUGGGAGGGAGAACUAAACAGCCAGAGGGGUGAAAAUUAUUUUCACCUGUUCUACAAAGCAUUUGCUUUCUUCAGAGUUCUCCUGAAUUCUUUUUACUGUUGCGGUCACUGUAACUUUUUAAAAUUUAUAAUUCCGUUAGAAGAGAUUGUUAACAAUAAACAACCAUGUGUGACGUCAGUUUUGCAUGAUGUGUGUAAUCAAGAAAGUUUUAAAUGUGUGCUUACCAAUAAAGAAUGUUUUCACUGGAAGUCA